UCAUCCUUAUCAGUCCUCUUUGGAGAAGCUUUCGGGGUGGAGUAGCGCUGACAACACAACCGAUGUGUAAGAUGGAGCUCGGUGUCAGACAGGGAUAAAAAUAUGAGCACUCACAGGCCAGUCGGCUCCUUUCUCGUCUCCUGUCACCAGUGGACUUAAUAAGCCAUCAAACCUCCGGGCAGAUUUGGCCUUUGAUGGCGGGUCUGUCGUACCUAGUGCUCCGGUUUUCGGGCUCCGCUGGUCGGACGUACGGAGUGUUUUGCAAAGGCUUGACGAGGACGUUGUUGAUAUUUUUCGAUCUCGCAUGGCGCCUGAGAAUCAGAUUCCCUUACAUCUACCUUGUCGCCUCAAUGAUGUUUAAUGUCAGAUUACAGGUCCACAUUGAAAUCCACUGAGUCCGUCAUGCCUGCUUUUGAAUUUUUUAAGCAAUGAAUAGUAAGCACUGCCAGGCUUCAGCCACAGAGACACUGGCUGCCCCCGUGCAGCGAAGUGGAGGAAGAGGACUCCUCAUCCUGCAAGCUGAUGUGACAAUGCAAUAAAGUGACACGGCUCCUCCUUUUCUGUGGGCCAACGUCACUUGAGCCCGGUGCCUUUGAGGUGAAGGGCAGGAGAAAUGUCUGUGAAUACGAGACGGGUGGAGGCGUGAUGAGAGGGGCUGUAGGAGGAGGCCGUGCAGUUCCCCAUCCCGCAGCUCUCCCUGAGAUCAGAUUGUGAAGAUUUUUUUUCUUAGCAUUUUUUCUCACGAUGAUGAGGAUAUCAGCACAGAAUUAAAUGUGAAGUCACAUGAUUGUUGCUGUGAAACUGUUUAGCCACUCUUUGUCUGACAUGGAUGUUUUCUAGUCGUUCAGUGUGACAUCUCACAGCCAAAGCCAGGGCUCAUUUCACUUUAAUUAAAGCAGGAUAUUUCUUAACAGCUCGACAUCAACCAGCAUGGUUUUGUCUCCUGUGGCUCAGACACUUUAUUUAAAUCUGUAUUUUGCAGUACAAGCGGUACAUGUUCUUUUUAACAGAGUUCUAAGGAUGGACAACAGCACAGCGGCUUAAACUGGAAAUCUUACAAGUGCAGUGUAAAUAAGAGUCACUGCAUGCCUGUGUUCACGCACAUAUGUCGUCACAAUCACUGUUGUGUUUCUACACAUCAGUGGUACUGGAGAACUGGUUCUGGUCAAAAAUGUUACCUUAGAAAACUAUAUUUUUAGCUGCACUGUCUGGAGAUGUGAAUCUGGGCUCAUGAGUUUGGGGUUUGUGAAAGUCACAGAGCAGAUUGUGAGAAAGAUUGGAAUAAAAAAAACUGAAUGAAAGAAAACAUGUUUAUCUACCUUUUUCAGAGCAGUUUCAGUAUAACCUUUGAAAUAUCCAGAUAUUUAAAAAAGUGUAUUGUCAUGGAUUUGCGUGUAAUUUAGCUGAUAUAUGUCAUCAUAAUCACUAGUGCAAUGCACCUAUUCGGCCACACGGGGGCAGCAACACAACACAGGCAUGCCACAAGGAAAACGCUUCAUUAACCCUGACAUUUCAACUGAAUUGACAUAUUUUUUCACAGCCUGCCUUAAUGGAUGCAUGUGUUGUUUGUGUUUUCUACAUGAUUAAAAACAC